UAUUCUGGAACACAGGUCACAAUGUACGCGAGUUUGACAGUUUGACGUAUAGUUUGGCGGGAACAAACCGAUUGAUGUGUUUUUUUUAAAUUGUCUUUGAAAAAUUAAACUAAAUAAGGAUUAACCUUUGAACUACGCAAAGUUUUAUAUCCGUUAAAAAGUUUAAAAAGUUAUGCAUGCUGUAAGUUGAAGAAAAGUUAUUGCUUUUGCAUUAACUUGGAUUUUUAGAAUUAUUACAGUGACGUAAGGUUGUCACAAUAGAAGAGUACGGGGUGUACACGAUGCUGCCUGCGCAGCAGCUCGCGCCCAUCAGCCCCUGGCCUCCCGACGCCAACCUGCUCGACCGCAUGGAUGACCUCGCCCACAAAGGAGGGAGACCGUUGCCCGACUCCACGCGGCAGAAGAUUGUCGAGCUGGCGCACUCAGGCGCGCGUCCCUGCGACAUCAGCCGCAUCCUGCAGGUCUCCAAUGGAUGCGUCUCGAAGAUACUCGGAAGGUAUUACGAGACGGGGUCAAUUAGGCCUCGUGCGAUAGGCGGCUCGAAGCCGCGAGUAGCUACCGCGGAAGUGGUCAGUAAGAUCGCCCAGUACAAGCGCGAGUGUCCUUCGAUCUUCGCCUGGGAGAUCAGGGACCGUCUGCUCAGCGAAGGAGUUUGUACUUCUGACAACAUACCAAGUGUUUCAUCAAUAAAUCGCGUACUCCGCAACCUCGCAGCUCAGAAAGAGAAGUCUAGCAAUCAGCAAACUGGUUCUGAUUGUUCUACGCCAGUAUACGAGCGUCUGCGGUUGCUGGGAGCCCCGGCCUCAGCCCCAGCAUGGCCGAGGGCGCCGUGGCCGACGCAGAUAGACACUCGGACUCCACCAUACCAGCUGCACAGCCUCAGCCCCGGACCACAGGCUAUAAACUGUGGUACUGACAUGCCAGUUAUGAAGAAAGGUGAAGAAACACUAGAAGGUCUAGAAGGUCUUCACUCCGAUGAGACGGGUUCCGGUGAUAAUUCUAACGCGGGGUCGAGCGGCGCUGAUGAUGACGCAGCUCGUCUCCGGCUAAAGCGCAAGCUGCAGCGCAACCGCACCAGCUUCACUAACGAACAGAUAGAUAGCUUGGAGCGAGAAUUCGAGCGAACACAUUAUCCAGACGUGUUCGCCAGAGAGCGGCUGGCCGCUAAGAUUGGAUUGCCUGAGGCGAGGAUACAGGUGUGGUUCUCGAAUCGACGCGCGAAGUGGCGGCGGGAGGAGAAGAUUCGGUCGCAGCGCCGCAGCCCGGAGUGCGCGUUCGCCGCACAGACGCACGCGCCCACGCAUGCCGCGCAUCCCACGCACCCCGCGCAUCCCACGCAUCCGGCGCAUCCCACGCAUCCCGCGCAUCCCACGCAGCCGCCGCAUCCCACUUACCAGCCGCCGCUCAACGUUGAUACAUACAGUCCCCUGACUCCAAUGGGCUACGGCAGCGGUCUCUCCGAGGGUCCGCUAUGCGAGGGCGGAGAGACAGACCUGUGUAAGGGAGGGUUUGGGUACCCGCGCUAUGAGCUCGGCUACCGUGCGCCGCACGCCUACGUCAACCAUAACUACCAACAUGAAGCUGCAUCGCCCACACCAGAAUUAGGUGGUCUCCUGGGUGCCGGUGUGUCUGUUCCUCUGGCAGUACCAGGCCACGACGCGCAAUACUGGUCUCGCCUACAGUGACCUUGGUGGCACUAGCUUCUACGCACUUGCUUACCGCACGCACACAAGACAUCAGUCAAGUUAUACAAACUAUAAGUUGUCGAUAUCCUUCAAUAUUUAUAAUUAAAAAAAAACAAUAUUUAAGUUGACUUUUAAUUUAGGGUCCAGAAAUAAAUGUAAAAGAAAAAUUAUGUUAAAACGCAGAAUAUUAUCCUCGUUUAUUUUUAUUAAUUGCUCUAUUGUAACAAAUUGUUAAAUAUACUUGUGCAAAGCAAUUGUAAAGGCAUAUAUCAAUAUUAAGCACAAAUAUAAUGUAACGUCGCCAGACAUUUUGUAUUUAACGCGCAAAAAAACUUCGUACAUGAAGUUAGUUACGAAAUGCGAAAUAAAAGAAACAGAUAUCCCAUAAAAUAAUAGGAAGGAAAGAGAUAGAUGGUGUACCUCUUUUGCGUCAAUUUUAGAACAAUCUGCGCGUUGCUAACUUCAGGUACAUGGCUUAAGUGUGUAAUGUUAUUCCUAUUAUAUUAUUAUUUGAAGCUUUAUUACACCGCGUAGUAUUAAGAAAUAACAUAAGCACACAAAGAUGCAACAGAGCACAAAAGAAAGGCUCAAAUUUUAUUUAAUGUGAAUCAAAUUAUUUCAUUCAACGCACUUUAUCAGAAAUAAUAAUUU